CAAGUUUGACUUUGCUGCAAUAGUAUUCGUCUGAAAAUUUGUCACUGCACUUUAGAAUUACCACAUUCAAUGUCAUAAUUUUUGUAAAAUUGAAUAAUGGACAACAAUAUUCGAUAAAAUUAACUUUAUCUAGAAAAAUUCACCACAUACGAGUGGUAAUAUGGCAUCAUUACCAUUUCCACCAACAGAUAAUCAAGAGGAAGGACUUUUUGAAGGAUGUGGUCGCGAGGGUCCAAUAUUAGCUAUAUUUCUGGCCGAGUUUCAUCAUAUUGCUGGACCGAAGAUCGUUUAUCAAUUUCCGCCGGAAACAAUAUCAAAAGAAAUAUUUGAUGGAGUGUCCUCUUACAUUAUACCAAAAACGCAUCUGCAAAGGAUAACUAUGACGGUAAACGUGCUCGGGAAAAAGAUAAUCGGUUAUCCUAUUCAGAUUCCGAGUGACAAAUAUGAACGAAAUGCAUUCUAUUUCAACACGUGCUUUGUGUGUGAUGCAUGGGCAAGGACGGUCCAAUAUGAAAUUGUGCUGGUGAAACUAGCCAAAUUUUUCCUUACUCUUGAAUUGGAGACAGAAUAUUUAUCAAGAAACUCAAAUAUUACUCCAGAAGCAGAAGAGGAAUUGAUGAAAAUGUUUCGAGCCAUUUUACUUGGAAUAAAUAAUAUAAAUAGAGAAUGUUUCUACAUUUUUAAGGAUUCUCGAUUAUUAGCCUUAAAAGUGGUUCCUGUUCUUAAGGAUCCGCCUAAAAUUGAAAACCAUCAUGUACCUGUAUUUGUGCUUGAUAUUGGAUCGGUGGAGAAAUGGGACCUGACGACACAGCAAAUCAUUCCAUAUGUGGAUGGAUUUUGUAAUGUAACUCAAAUAAGUCACAUUUCUGAUGUUCAUAUAAAUCUGGUCAAAUCAUGUGUUCAGAAUCUACUUUACUACAAUGUGGUGAAGCUAGUUUCGGCAUUUCAGUACGGAAAUUCGUACACUUUAACAUCAAAUUUUCAUAAGAAACUUGUGCGAGGUGAUGACAAUUUUAAAAAUGAGUGCCUUUUCUUUGUGGCGAAAAACGAGCACGUAAAACCGAAUCUCGUUGAUGUAAUGAGGUUUUUUGGAGCUAUGAAAAGAGGAGUCACCAUGAAGGAGCUAUGUCUUCGAUUCAAGCAAGUUGCUGCACAACCAGCACUUCGUAUCAUUAAUCUGGACAGUUCCAAAUUUUCCACUUCAAAAUACAGCGACCAUUCUCUCUCAUCCUCCUUACAAUCCAGAAAUUCGUCAUAUCCCACAACACCGGUCAAAGGCUUAGAUGAACCUUUAAUUAGAACACUGACUAAAAGACCAUCUGGUGAAAAAUUUCAACCUGUGUUAAAUGUAAUUGACGAAAGGAGGUUAGUUCUCUUUGGCCUAGUGCACUCUCUUAUCCGAAGAGUUGAAAAAUAUCCACUGUUUGAUGUAAGCGAAGGACUGGAGCCGAUUUGUGGUAUCCCUUACACUUAUGGAUCUCCACAUAGAAAUAGUAUAGAUUUUGGAACAAGUCUUGAUGAACUUAGAGCUCACUGGGAAAAGCAUAGAAAAAAAUACGCUUUAAUCUAUGAAAUGUUGAACGGUAGGAAUAAUUAUGAUAAAAUAUGUCAAAAAAAUGAAAUAAGCCAAAAUCAACUUGACGAAAUUAUAGAACACGAUCCUGACGUUUACGUUACAUGGAAAUAAAUUGUGAUAUUAAUUAUUCAUUUA